AUGGAAGGCAACGCCGCAGCACGCGGCGCGCCAGAGGCUCUCUACAUCAUCGACUACGGCACCAAGACCCUUCCAGUAGGAGCUCAGAUCAGGCACGCUCGCCAGCAGCCAGMUCCCGGUAGGACAUCCAUACUGCGUCUCCAAGAUCAGCCGGGCACGGAGUCGCCACAGCUCGUAGGCUAUGUUUCACGCAACGGUGCCCUCGAAUUUGUCUGGGGAUACGAGUUGAGUAAACUCCGUCAACACAGCAAGCAGAACACCAGCAAGGUCGUGGCCGUGUUCGAGCGACUGAAGCUAGCUAUCCUCGGCACCAGCGAGGAGUCGGUGGUUGUAAGAAGGAGUAUCGAAGACGGCCUGAAGCGUCUGGAUGUGCCGGAGAAAACCGCAGAAGAUUUGUUCGUCCGUCAUCUCAUCGCCCUCCGGCCCGCCAUCUCUGCCGCGGUUUCGAAGGAGUUUGCUUCACUGCGCAACAAUCGGUCCGCUCAACAACUCAACAAGAUGCCAGUCCAUGUCUUCUUCGCCGCUCCAGAGAUCGCUGAGUUGGACAAGCUGCACAAUCUCUCAAAGUUGCUAAAGCGUGCGGGCUUCCCAGAAACCACCCUCAUCCCAGAAGCGGAGGCUGCUGGUGCCUGGCACGCUUUCAGGUUCUGUCACGAGAUGCUUGACCCGAGGAUAUCAGAUGAGACCUUUGCUGUUGGUACAGGGUUGGUUGUAUGUGAUAUAGGUGGCUGGACUUGCAACAUUUCCUCGUUCACUCUGUCCGGAUCGGCUGCCAAGGGUGCUCGGAUGGGAAUGAAGAGCACUGGCAGAAUGGCUAGUUUGCCGCUCGGGUCCGAGAUGGUCAACUUCAAACUGCUUGAUUACAUCAAGGAAGAUCUCAUCGCCACGUUUAAAGACUUGCCAACAGCCUUGGCCGAGCUUGGAGUAACGGAAGAUGCCCUGGACUACGACUUGAACAAACACUUUGAGUCAUUCAAGCUCGGCUUCCAGGAAGAAGGAACACGAGCAAUGGAGGUCAGAGGCAUAGAGACUGGCGACUACUACCAGAAGUGUGGUCAGAUUCCGGCAUUUUCCUAUGAGAUCACUGACGACCAGGUCUCAGGAUGGAUUGAUGACCUAGCGAGCGAUAUGAUUCCUGCAAUUGAGCGGAUCUCGUCUCCUACUUCAAGAAUCCUGACGAUGACUGGAGGAUUCUCGCUGAAUACAUACCUGAUCGAGGUCUUGAGGAAGCACUUUGAGCCUCUCGGUCUGACUGUCAUUACACCUGGAGGAGGACCCUAUCGGAAUGCCGACCUGGCUGUCGUCAACGGCGCACCCGCCCGUUUUGAUGCCAAUGCUCCAAAGCGUCCCUUUCCUUAUGCCUUGGGAAUGUCGCAAGACGAGACCUACGACCCAGAACAACAUCCGGACAUGGACACUGACUCGAGGGGCACCAUUCCCGACCCCGACGAUCCAGAAAAUGAAGAGAGAGAAUGGGUGGAGGGCCGUUAUGUGGAGAUCCUCCCACGGGGUAAACUGAUGAUCAACAGCUCUGGAUCGUAUGUUCGCUGGUUAACGCGCGACGUGCAAGAAGCUGCCUUCGACUAUGAGAAAGAGAUCUUCUUCACCUCGGCGAAGGUGCUGGAGCAUGCACCUACCCGCCCAGACGGCCACCUCCGCACAGACCUCAAGGUUUAUGACACCAUUAAAGCCUCUUUCUCUGUGGAAGAUGUGAUGGAGAUGCCGUUGAAGGAAGUUGAGUACGACUCGAGCCAAGCUCAAGUAGCAUCCAAACCACCCACAAAAGGCGUGGCGAGGUCGUCAAUACGGACGAAAGCUAUGAUGGAGAAGUCACAAGGUCGAUCAGGUCUUCAAGUGGAGCAGGACGAAUCGCCAGAGCAUCAACUUUUCCUCAAAGUCACAACGAUGCUGAAUGGCAUGACCGUCUCGGUUAAAUUGGAGAGACCACGACCUGGUUGCGACGUGUAUGUGGAGAUCUACAAAGACAACGGAGAGGUCGUGUCCCAGCGUGACAAGCAGGCGCUAUCUAAUAGCGCGAAGGGAAGAGAGCGGGUGUGGAUCUUCCGUGAUCCCCCACAGAAGGAUAUGAUACAUGUCACAUCGACUAGCUUGCUGAGUGAAAAGCACUGGCCGCAGUUGCAGCGCGAGGAGGGUGUGGACGAGGCCACCGCCGCGAACACGGAGCGACGAGACAGUGUGUUGCAGUCGAUCGAAGAUGACGAUGCGGACGAAUAUCGCCCUACCACCAAGCGGACACGUAAACGUUGA